AUGGGACAAAAUCAAGGCUCACCAUCAUCUGGACAAUUAAUAAAUAUUCCAUCGUUAUCAAAAGAUUUAUUAGAUAAAUUGGCUCAUCAGACACAUUAUGAUAAGAAGGAAAUUAAACAAUUACAUACUCAAUUCUAUUCCGAAGUACCUAAUGGGGCUAUACCUAAAGAGGAUUUUUGUCAAUUAACGGAAUUGAUGGGAAUUAAAGAUCCAUUCAUAACUUCAUUGGUAUUUAAUGCUUUUGAUAGAAAUUGUGAUUCGAGUAUUUCAUUUGAUGAGUUUUUGAUAUCGAUGAGUAUAAUGACAAGAGGAAAUGCUGAUGAAAAAUUGGAAUUUGCUUUCAAGUUAUAUGAUCUCAAUCAUGAUGGAUAUAUUUUGAAAAGUGAAAUGACAAGAAUUGUAACAGCUCUUUAUCAAAUGUUGGGUGAUUUACUGACAUUGCAAGGUGAUUUUGAUAAACCUUCAAAACUUGUAGAUAAAAUCUUUGAGGAAAUGGACACAAAUAGAGAUGGAAAAUUGACUUUUGAGGAAUAUAAAAUUGGAGCAAAGAAAUGCCCAGAAAUUGUAAAUGGACUAGCACUUUUCUAA